AUGAACUAUCACAUUUAUUUCCCACAAGACUUAUUGAAUAAGAAAUCGAGAUCCAAAUCGCUUUACUUAUUAGGAUUUCAUUUCAAAAACAUUUUUAUUAUAAUCCAAGUAAUCAACUCUCCUAGGAUUCCUCAAUUAAAUUUUCCAUUAUCAAAAGGUCUAGAAGUGCUUGGGACUUUGAACAAAGCAAAUGAAGGCUCAUUGUCAUUGAAGUAUGAUAAUACAACUAAUUAUCCGGUGGUAGAUACCUCGUUCAAGGAUGAAACAUAUACGGUAAUCGUUUUCGAUCCACCAAACUUCAAGAAUUUGGAAUACUUCUCCAUUAACCCAAUUCUAUUGCAAUCCACCGGGUUUGAGAAAAAUACCAAUUAUGGAUUGACUUCAAAGCUAAACCACUAUGAACCUCUAAAAUCGAAAAGUGAGUACUAUUCUAUAAGUGAUGAGAUUGUUCUUGAUAAGUUGAAUCAAUGUUUGAGAAUUAGAUACAACUUUGACCGGAUGGGAUCAAAACCAUCUAGAGGAAUUGUUUCAACGAACAAAGUAUCCCAUUACAUUUUCGAUUCACUAAAGUAUAUCGCUAUGAUAUUUCAAAUUCUUACCAUCUGGUUGAUUAAGGUAAUCAAUUAUAAAUUUUUCGAAAAAUCAAGUUUAACUGAUGUGCUGGAAACUUUCAAGCAACUAGAUUUAAGGUUGCGACAGGUCAAUUACUUCCCUAUCCAGUUUUUAUGUUAUUAUGACAAAUCGAUUCUAUAUAAUAAGGAUUCUGAAUUUUUGAAAAACAUUGAGAUUCCCUUUUUAAACUCAGACCUAAAUAUAAAUAACUCAAACUACAUCAAUUUAUAUAAUUCUCUUUGGUUGAUAGUAAAUGACGUUUUGAUUGGUAUGACUUUUUACAGGAUAAUAAUUGAAAAUUAUGAUUUUUUGAAUAGUUUCAUAAAUGAGGUUAUAAUCAAAAAGCUCUUAUUUCAAGAGUUUUACGAUACGAUUGAAUGGGUCUCUUUUGACCACCCAGCAGGGUUUAAAUUGAAUAAUGAAUUAGGUCAAUUUAUGGGAGAUUUAUUUCUAUGGACUUUAAAGUUUUGGAAAAUGAUAUUCACUGAUGGCUUGAUGAUAAAUAUGAAAGACUCAAAAAUAUUAUUAUCAAUCUUAUGUUAUGGUGGGUUGACUUUUUUAUUGAGUGCAAUAGUUGAUUAUAUUAAAAUCAUAACUUUUCACCUUCAUUGUUUCUAUUAUACAUCCACAAGAAUAUAUAAUAGGCAAAUAGAAACUAUUAAGUCGCUAUUUCAAUUGUUUCGAGGGAAAAAGUAUAAUUUAUUAAGAAACAGAAUUGAUUCUCUAGAGUUGAGUGAAAGAUUUGAAAUAGAUCAAUUGUUAUUAGGGACCUUACUAUUUAUGGUCUUGAUCUAUUUACUACCUACAGUUUUUGCAUUUUAUCUUAUGUUUUUCAUAAUAAGAAUUAUUAUAUUGACCUUGAAUAAUUUUAUCGAAUCGGUUAUAACAUUUAUAAAUUUCAUACCUUUAUUCAUCAUAUUGCUUAAAUUUAAGAAUUCAAAUCGUUUACAAGGUGGAAUAACCAUAAACUUUUUAUCCAAUGUUGGUGAUGUCAAUUAUCUUUGUUUGAGUAACAAAUCAUUAACUUAUAAUGAAAUAUUAAGGAAUUUUUAUAAAUUAUUCAAGAUCAUUAACUUCAAAUCGAAUAUCUUGAAAGAUUUUUUCCUUGGUAAUUUAAUUUUCCUAAAUGAUUUGAAAACCUUAAAGUUCAAUUACUUAAUGAUACCCAAGAAUUACGAUAAAACCAUUGAAGUUUGGAAUCAUUUCAAAACUAAAUAG